GACUAUAAAAGCUGAGCGGAACAUUUCCAGGCACCAGACGCACCUCCUCCACUCACGGCAGCGGAAGUAUAUAUCUAAUCCUCGGCAACAUGCGAUCUCUGACCCUUCUGCUGGUGGUGGCAGUGGCCCUAGCGGCGCUGGUGGUGGUGCAGGCCAUGCCCAGCCCCUUCCCAGACCCAGACCCCGAGGCCCUCCCCGAUCCAGAUCCGCACCGCCGCAGAUUUGGUGGAUUUGGUGGGUUUGGUGGCUUCGGCGGCGGAUUCGGUGGCUUCGGCGGCGGCGGCUUUGGACAUGGUGGAUUCGGCCAUGGUGGUUUUGGACAUGGAUUUGGACAUGGACAUCAUUUUGGCCAUGGACACGGAUAUUACGGUUGAGUAAGAAGAGGCACCCGUCUCGUGGUGGAUUCAAGUAAAACCAAGACGUAGUGAGAGCCAUUCACACAACACGAGACUCUAAGCUCCACGACUCCAACACUUCUUCCCUCAACUGUCGCCACCACUCUAGCUACUUCAGUGAUGUUUCCCGCCACCACCUCCAUGGCAGUGGCCGAAUCCCCUCGAUCUUUUCUACGGCCUCAACAACGCACCCACACCCACCCACCCACCCACACCCACACACACACACACACACACACACACACACACACACGCAUUUACACGCACACGCAUUUACACACACACGCAUUUACACACACACACACACACACACACACACACACACACACACACACACACGCAUUUGCACACACACGCACACACACACACACAAACACACACACGGCUGGCUGUUUCGAGAGACCCGCAGCAGACCAAGAGGUGAAUUACACACACACACACACACACACACACACACACACACACACACACACACACACACACAGGUAUGUUAUAUCACAAUUGUCAAUAAAUAUACAUUCUUAA